CAUAUGCACUCAACCUGGACUUUGCCUCUGUGGGAAUGUGGAGGCCUGCCUUCUCCUGCCACACCUGGAAAAUGUAUCAAGGAAGUUGAGGAAACUUGAAGGAGCUUGGAGAGGUGAGGGCCCUAAGGGGAACCCAGAGACUGGGAGGGGGAGGUGAAGAACGAAGAAAACAGACAAACAUCAGUUUAUUAGGGCUGAGAAAGAUAGGGAAAAGUGCCCUGAGCAAGGGCUGGCCUCUAUCGACCAGUCACAAAAGCAGGUGUCUUCAGCACCGUAUACCUGAAGACUGCUUGCGGGCCUAGGAGACUGAGCUUCUCACUUCUACUGCAGAGCCCAGCAAUGCCUGGUUACCUGUCCUUUCUGCCAGUCAUCCUAGCUCUAUGGGCUAUGGCUGGCAUCUGGAUUGUUUUCGCAAUUGCUGUGGUUAACAAGAGUGUGGACCUUGAGAAAGGCUUCCCCUUUAUCAGUUACUGUGGGUCUUACAGUCCCCAGAGCUGCAUUUUCAGUCAAGUCCUCAAUACAGGAGCUGCUUUAGCUGUUUGGAUCUGCAUUGUGCGUUAUCACCAACUACGGGACUGGGGUGUCAAAAGGUGGCAAAACCAGCUGAUUCUGUGGUCUGGGCUCUUCUGUGCCAUGGGGACCUCCGUAGUAGGCAACUUCCAGGAGAAGAAUCAGAAGCCUGUACACCUGGCAGGGGCCUUUCUGGCUUUCGUCCUGGGCAACCUGUACUUCUGGUUGCAGGUCUUUCUGUCCUGGCAGAUGAAGGGCCUGCCCCAACCUGGGCCCCGCUGGAUUAAGCCUCUGCGAGCGAGCCUCUGCAGCUUGUCCACCAUCCUCAUCGUGGCCAUGAUCAUCCUGCACUCUCAGCGUUUGCGCUCUGCCUCAGCUGCCUGUGAAUGGGCAGUGGCCAUGCUGCUCUUUAUACUAUUUGGUCUCUUUGCCUCGGACUUCUCCAGCUUUCGAGGUUGCAGCCUGCACUUACAGCCUCGACUGGAUUCCAGCUUCUCACAAGCUCCCUCCGAGUCUCCAAAUAUACAGAUGGCAUAGGUGCUCUGACUAGGCCCGGUAGAGGAAGAAAGAUGGGACUAAGCCAGGCUCACUCAACAAUGAACUGGAGUGGAGGCUGAGGUGGACAGCCUGACAGAUAACACAGCAGAAAGGACUUGUGCUCGCCACUCAGAGAAGUGGGAACUUGGAACUACCUGUCCCUGUGCACAGAAACACCCUAGGAAUUGAGAGGCCAAAGCCAGCCAGGUGUCCCUGAUCAAGGCUAUUUAUUUUUUGUUGUUGUUGCCGCCGGCGGAAUCAGACACAGACGCAGGCAGGAUCACGCGAAACCAGAAUUCCUUCCAGGAGAGCAAAUCCGUACAGAAGGUCGCAGGGGAAGGGGAGAAGGACCUGGUGGGGAGGGAGCAGUGGCCCAGGGAGGGGAGUGGGCGUUGGGGAUGACACAGAGACAGAGGGCCCUGUCCGGAUCUGCUAAGCCACCCCCAUCCCUCCCCCACCCCACCCACAGAGAUCGAUCAAUAAAUAAAAUAAUAAAUUAAUCAAUAAAUAAAUAGAAA